CUCGGAGGGGCCGCCCCGCCGCGGGGAGGGGCUCCGCCGCCGCCGCCGCUUCAUCGCUGCGGCCGCGGCUGUCCCUUCGGCUGCGCCCGGGCAUGGAGAUGGCGAGGGACUACGUGGGCUCGCUGGUGCGAUCUUUGGUCUCCAUGGGAACAUCUAUGGGAGCAGUAACCAAACAGACCCUGUUCCCUCCUCUCAUGCCUGCAGGGCGACCUUUCCGUGUGUCAAAUGCCUCCCGAAGCUGCCGGAAAGGAAUUGUUGCAAGCAGUCUGCAAGAGCUGAUCAGCAAGACUUUAGAUGCCUUCCUUAUAUCUGCCGGGAUAGUUACUUUGGUGUUGGAGGAAGAUGGCACAGUUGUGGACACAGAAGAGUUCUUCAAGUCCCUGGAUGAUAAUACACACUUCAUGGUUUUAGAAAAAGGAGAGAAAUGGACACAGACAAGAAAUCGAGUUGCCACUGUGAAACGCAAGAAGAAAAUGGGAGUAGCCAACAUCACUUUUGAUCUGUACAAGCUGAACCCCAAGGAUUUUAUUGGCUGCUUAAACAUCAAGGCAACCUUCUAUGAGAUCUACUCUAUCUCUUAUGACAUCAAAUGUAUGGGAGCAAAGAGCGUGCUGCGGAAGGUGCUUCAGCUGAUGUCCCAUGCAGCACAAAUAACUGGACAGUUUCUCCUCUACACUGGGACCUAUAUGUUGCAGUUGAUGGGUGAAUAUGAUGAAGAUGGCACCUGUGCAAGAUCAAGGCAGGAGUAGCAAGCACAGCUGCACUUCUGAUCUUGGAUCCUUUUACUCAGAGACAUUCUCUUGCCCAGUGUUGAUUGUAAUGAUGUUACAGGAAGGAGAUGUACACUCACAUGAGCUAACAUUUUUCUCCAUUUGGGGAUGCUUUGUAUGCCUUAGUCAUAAAAUAAGGGUUUGGUGGUCACAGGCCCAGCAAAAAGAUGGGUACCUAAUGCCUGAGAAUUUGGCAAAAGGAGAGAGGGUAAGGCUUUGCCCCAGCAACUCCAGAUGGAGAAUCAGUAUGCUUGGAAACCUGCACGCUUUGUAACCAGUGGAAUAUUUCUUGCACUGAUUCAAACCUAAGUUGUUCUUAUUUUCAUGGCUGUCUGCUUGCCUUCUGAGUAGAUUGGACUGUAAGGUGGGGCCACAGAGGGGCCAUAGUUUUUGGGUUUAAUCCUUAACAGCUCUG